GCGUCCUGGAGCUGUUUGCGGUUUCUCAGGGGGUCAUCGCUAUCCGAGGAGUCUACAGCAACAGAUUCUUAGCCAUGAACAAGAGAGGAAGGCUACAUGCUAUCGACCCUACGAGCCCCCGACCAGACAGACGAGCCCCCCGACCACAGAUAGAGUGCCCCCACGACCACACAGGACAGACGAGCCCCCCAACCAGACAGACGAGCAACCCCCGACCACAGAUAGAACUGCCCCCACGACCACAGACAGACGAGCCCCCCAACCAGACAGACGAGCCCCCCGACCUGACAGACGAGCCCCCCGGACCUGACAGACGAGCCCCCAGACCAGGACAGACGACCCCAGACCAACAGGACGAGCCCCAACCAGACAGACGAAGCCCCCGACCAGACAGACGAGCCCCCGACCAGAGAAGACGAGCCCCCCAACCAGACAGACGAGCCCCCAACCAGACAGACGAGCCCCCCGACCAGACAGACGAGCCCCCCAACCAGACAGACGAGCCCCCGGACCAGACAGACGAGCCCCCUAACCAGCAGACGAGCCCCCGAACCAGACAGACGAGCCCCCAACCAGACAGGACGCAGCCCCCCGACCAGACAGACGAGCCCCCCAACCAGACAGACGAGCCCCCCGCCAGGACAGACGACCCCUCCGGACCAGGAGACAGAACGAGCCCCCAACCAAGACAGACGAGCCCCCUACCAGACAGACGAGCCCCCCGACCAGACAGACAAGCCCCCAAACCAGACAGACGAGCCCCCCGACCCAGACAGACGAGGCCCCCCAACCAGACAGACGAAGCCCCCCAACCCAGACAGACGAUGUCCCCCCAACCAGACAGACGAGCCCCCCGACAGGACAGAACGAGCCCCCCGACCAGAGAACAGACGAGCCCCCCAACCAGACAGACGAGGCCCCCGACCAGCAGACAGCACGAGCCCCCUCGUCUGUCUGGUUCUGGGGGGCUCGUCCUGUCUGGUCUGGGCUCAUGUUUCACACACUGUCUUAUGUUGUAA